AUGCUAUGGAAUAAAUCUUCCGCAUCCAAAUUCCUCUCGAGGAAGAAACUUUAUUUCACUCUAGGCUUUAUAACGGGGACUUCAUACUCAUAUUAUUAUUAUCGAAAAAUCACUAACUUGAAACUUCAACAUGAACGUGAACAGUUAUCAACUACUCAUUUCACACCAUAUAAGAUAAAAUCAAGAUAUGCGGUCGAUUCCUCUCAUUAUUUUUUAAAACUGACACCUGUGUUUCAACAGAAAAAUAAUGUUUGGGAUCAAACGAGAGGUAAGAUAUGGUCAAUUCAAAUUAAACAACCUGAAAUCAUGAUUGUACGAGAUUAUACACCAUUACCUCUAGUAUUACACAAAAACGAAACCAAUACUACAGAUGCUGAUGAUGAUGAACAGGAUUUCUUAUUAUCAGAUAUAUCAUAUUCCUCUGUCUCCGAUGACAUACUAUUAUAUAUCAAGAAAUAUAAUGAUGGUGAAGUAUCACGAUGGUUAUCUAAUCUACCUUUAAAUCAUAAAAUAGAGAUAAGAGGACCAAUUAUAGAUUAUUCGCUACCACAAGAUAAGGAUUUAGUACUAUUUACUGCUGGAACGGGGAUAGUCAUUGCCUUCCAGGCAAUGUUAGCAUUGAAACAGAACGGUAAUUCAUUAACCAUUUUCCAUUCUUGUCAAAAUCUUGAACAAUUAGGUCCUUUGAAAGAUAAAUUGUUACAAUCAUAUCCUAAAGGUAAACUUACAUUCUUCCAAUCUGACAUGGGCAACACUAUUAUAAAUCAAGCAAAGUUCAUUCCCAAACCAGCACUUAAUUCUAUGGGGCUGAUUUGUGGACCUGAAGGGUAUAUAAAAACUUUAGCUGGAUUCAAUAUUAGGAAACAAAUACAGUACCAAUCCAGGGGUUACUAG